ACUUUGAACUAUUAUCCAAUCGCUGACACCAUGUCUACGGACAUAACCAGUGGCCACAAAGACAACAACAAUAGCCGACACCGCAAUCUGUUGGCCACCGGCGGCGGUGGGGGUCGGCUGUUGUCUUCGGCCUCCGGAGCGGUGGACAACCAAUUGAUGGCAAAACCCGUGUAUUUGCAACGACUGGAACACGCGCUCCGAUUGGAUGGACUUAUAGCUCAGGUCCACCGGUCUCUCAAUGAGAAGAAUUUGGACGAAGAGCUCAAUACGAAUAUCUCUAAACAACAGUCAAAGGCAGUGAAGACCAGAGUUUAUAACUUAAGUAAAGUGAAGAAAAACAAGAAGUGGUUGAAAAACAUUUUG